CGCAGGUCAACAUCGGAAAGGGUGAACUCGAGCACUGUGACUUUUAAUAGUCGUCACACGCAGUAUUACUGCGAUAAUACGGAUUUAUGUUGGCGAAGUGUUAAUACAGAGUGUACUAUAGAGUCUAACUAAUCACACAUGGCUCUCAGAAGAUGUUGGAGGUUUGCAGGGGUUGUCCCGCGGCUUUUAUGGAACAGUACCGUCCUGCCUGGAGCUUGUGUCCCCGGAGGACGAAGCUCAGUGUCCAGCCUUGUCAACACUCAUCCUGGUUACCACCAGUUGCUGCUCUGUAGCAGGUUCAGUUCAGCGCCAGCGAGCACAGAUGUGACUUACGAGCAGCUGAAGCAGCUCCUGGCCGGACGGAAAGCUGUAGUUAUAGAUGUCAGAGAGCCCUGGGAGCUCAGAGAGUACGGCUUCAUUCCUGGGUCGAUUAACGUUCCCUUGGGACAGGUGAACACUGCCCUCCAGCUGGGUGCAGAUGAGUUCAAAGAGAAGUACGGUGGUGAAAUGCCUCAGCAGACAGAUAACAUUGUGUUCACCUGUCUGGCCGGGAUCCGCAGCAAGAACGCACUUGACACAGCUGCUUCGCUGGGAUACAAAGAUGUUCAGCAUUACCCAGGAGGAUGGCAAGACUGGGUGAAGAAUGAACAGCAUAACUGAUCCAGGGAUGACAAAAGAACUAAAACAAUAUUUAAUGUUCCUAUUCUAAUUUACCUAAGAUAAAACUGGAAAGUGAGAGUGCAUAAUGAGGAGUCUUGUAAAGGGUUUUUAAAAAGUUCAUAUGCUUUUCUAUUGUUUUAAUAGCUAGUGAUUUAAGUUGUUUUCCUCAUUUGUGAAUCCCAAAGACUGAAACCAGAGGGCUCAACACGCAUCAACAAUCACAUCUGCUGCUACAGUUUUCAAAACAAUGGUUAAAUUACUUGAAGUUUCUUUUACAUUUGUUUCAGAUAGAACCACUGACAAACCCUUUACAACUCCUACACAAACACAUAUAUAACCAGUGGCUGAUCUACACAAUACCACAAUUAUGAACAGGCAAUGUACAUAAUGAAGUCUUUUUUUUUUGGGUUGUUUCCAGACUAUGCAAAUGACUACAUAACUGUGUAUUAUUGUGAGUUAAUGAGUCUUCCAUUGCAUAUUUUGAACAGUUUAAAUAUUGUAAAUAUUUAAUAGCAUGUUGCUCAUAGAUGCAACAGUCAGUACAGUUGCCAACAUAAUUCAAUAAAUAAAAUUUUAAUUUUGA